AUGUCGAAGACUGACGAACUUGAAGCGGAGCUUGCCCGACUUGUCGAAGAGGAGUCUGCGUGUGACAAAGAGCUCUCUGACCUUUCGACAUUAUUCCCCUGCGUUGUUGACUCAUCUUUAACAAAAAAUGGCCUUUCCGAGCGCUGUGACCAAUCAACGAACGAAAACACUGAGUUCUCUGCAAAGCUCUUUCGAUUCAAAUCGGCGAUCGAGAGUCAAGAGCGUCAACUUGAAUUACUUUUUGAUUCUUUCAAUACAAUAACUAUGAAACAGCGCCAAGUCACUUUAAAACAAAAAGAGGUGUUUGAUGGGAUAAGCAGCGACUUGACGAAAAUGGAGACCGAGAAUUCCCAAAUUCAAUCUUCUCUUCAGAACACGUCCGACUACUUGUCUGUCCAGUUGGGUUCUGCCAAAAAGUCACUCGAAACAAUCGAAAAGGAGAAUAAGACGCUUGGAGAUGAAGUGACUCAAAACGAGGCGGAGUUAUCAGUGGUAAUGACAACAAUCGAAAAACGCAAAGGUGCGAUCUGUGUACUUGAAAAGGAAAUCAGUGUUUUGAAAACCAAAGUAAAGAACCUUCAAGGCGAUGUGAACAUUGCAAAUAGCCAACUCGAAGCAACACAAACCGAAUUGAUCAACUUCCCUCAUAAUCAAUUUGAAGAUGUCCCAAAUUAUUCGCACCUCAUGUUGGCUGGAGUCGAAGAGCAAACUGUCUAUGUCAAUUCCUUAAUUGCACUCUACUCGCACUUAACGGGAAAUGUACUGGAAGUUGAUUCUAAAGAACUUUUGUCGGACUUUAGGACCAAAAAAAUUCCAGUUGCUUCGUGGAACAACUUUGUUCGUAAAAUGUAUGACACAAGUUAA